AUGAAGAGCGCCUGCUGCACUUCCUGUACAUGUGCGGAUCCUUCCGCGUUUUGGGGCUGGAAGCGCUCGUUCCGAGCGUUUUUCUUCCACCGGGUCACGUGGCUGCGCUUGUCUGGGAAGGCGAGAUCUCAGAGGAAAACGCGGGCGAAGUCGGCGACGAAGGAGAUGUUGGGCGAGAAAGGGAAGGAGAAGGCGGAGGAGAAACAGGUGGAGAAUUCGGACGAGAAAUGGAAGGAGAAGGCGGAGGAGAAACAGGAGGAGAAGUCGGUCGGCAAGGGGAAGUCGGCGAAGACAGGGAAGGAGAAGGGAGAGGAGAAAGAGAAGGUUAUACCACGGAAGGGUCAUGGCAUUCUCCACGACAAGUCGGGUGACGGGAAAGGGUGGGUGGGCGAGAUCAAGCUGGUCGGCGAGUCGCGAUACAUCGGCAAGUCGCGCGAGAAGAUGGAGCUGGCGUACCUCCACUCGAUUGCGUACAUCGUCUACGACGGUUACGUCAGCCCCGUCCUCAUGGACGAGCUCACCGUCUUGAAGGAAACCGAGUUGGACGAAUGGAAGAAGGUGUGGGAGGAGGUCAGGAUCUUGCCGACUGGGAUGUGGACGCUGAUAUGGGCCCGAGGCGUAUACCUUCCGAAAACACGGUUCGAUGAUAUACUCGGCAAGUACCGAGUGUACUCGGGUUCAGGUGAUGCGCUUCACGACGCGCUCUUGCCGCCGAUCUGGUUCCCCAUCGAAGACUACACGGAGGAAGGCGAGGCGAAGUCGGUUGAUUUGAUGUCGGCCAUGGUACAUCGCGUGUCCAUGUGCGCGGCGUUUGGGAAGGUCGCAGCGAGCGCGGCGAGGAAGGCGGGAGACACGGAUGAGAAUACGGAGAUGGAGGCCCAGGCGUUGAGCUCGUCCUCUUCCUCGUCCUGA